AUGGAGGGAACUGCCAAUGAUGGGAGCGUAAUGCUGGGAAUAUCCAGGGAUGGUACGGCGGGAAUGUCGACUGAGGGGACUGCGAGGGACGGAAUCGAAAGAGCCGGGAGUGAGAGUGACGGGACUGUCAACGACGGCAGCGCCAGCGACGGGAUCGCCAGAGAUGGAAUAUCAAUAGAUGGCACCGCCAAGGUGGGUAUCGAGAUAGAUUGGAGAAUGUUGGGUGGGACUGAUAGGCCAUCAACUGGCGGAAUUGUUACGGACGGGACUGCGAGAGACGGAAUCGAAAGAGCCGGGAGUGAGAGUGACGGAAUGUCGAUCGAAGGAACCGCCAGCGACGGGAGUGAGAGUGACGGGAUGCCAAUCGAAGGGACCGCCAGAGAUGGAAUAUCAAGAGACGGCACUGCCAAGGUCGGUAUUGGGAUAGAUUGGAGAAUGUUGGAUGGGACCGCGAGAGAUGGGACCGAAGGGCUAUCGAUUGAGGGAACGGCCGCGGUUGGGAUCGAGACUGCCGGCAAGUCCAGCGAAGGUAUACCGAUCGAUGGAACCUCCAGCGAUGGGAUCGAGAGAGCCGGUAGCGUAAUAGACGGCACGCUUAGAGACGGGAUCGACAGAGAUGGGAUAACAGGAACAUCGACCGAAGGGACUGCUACAGACGGGACUGAGAGAGCCGGCAGUGCGAUAGACGGUACGUCUAGAGACGGAAUCGACAGCGCCGGCAACGACAGCGAAGGAAUAUCGAGUGACGGAACUGCUCCAGACGGAAGUGUGAGAUCUGGCAGUGUAAUAGACGGCACAGCCAAAGUUGGGAUCGAGAGUGCCGGGAUCGAUAGAGAAGGGAGUCCUACAGACGGGAUCGAUAGAGAAGGGAGUCCUACAGACGGGAUCGAUAGAGAAGGGAGUCCUACAGACGGGAUCGAGAGUGCUGGCACCGACAGUGAAGGGAUUGCGGGAAUGCCGACUGAUGGAACUCCCGCAGACGGGUCCGAAACAUCUGGCAGUGCAAGAGACGGCACAGCCAGGGACGGGAUCGAAAGUGCCGGUAGCGACAGCGACGGGAUUGAUGGAACGCUGACUGAUGGAACCUCUAGGGACGGGAUCGAUAGAGCUGGCAGCGUAAUAGACGGAAUGGCCAAAGAUGGGAUUGAGAGUGGCGGUAUCGAGAGUGACGGGAUCGCGAUAGAGGGAAGCCCAAACUGGGGGAGUCCAUCCGAAGGACCUGCCCCUGAUGGGACCGAGGGGGGUUGA